AUGAUUCUAAAGUUGCAGUGUCCAAUGUUGAUUGAUGGUGGUAUUAUCAAUGCCGAGGGUGUUCGUUCAAGUGGUGCUCCAGCUCUUUUGGCAUUGCCCCCAAGGGGAUAUGCCCGACAGCAUGUUGUGGAAGGUCUUGAACCUAGAACAACGUACAGAUUUCGACUUAAAGUCACAGAUCCUAAAGGAGAAUCUGUUUAUAGUUCACCUAUUUGUGUAACUACAACAAACUUUCAGCAGUUCCAAGAAAAUUCCACAACCAUUUGCAUUCUGAUUCAGGUUGGCCCUGAGGGCGCAGAUAAACCCCCCAAGGAGCCCCAACACUCUGGAGAGCUAAUGGCCCACCUUCAGAAUGCUAACAAGGAGAUGGCUGCAUGGAAUAUAAAUCCUUCCAUUCCCAGCUUUCACUUAAUGAUAGCUUGUUACGCUGGUCACCUGGAUAUUGUCCAGUAUCUCAGAUCCCAAGGGGCUUCCUGGCUAAGCAGGGAUUUUGGUGGAUGUACGGCUAUGCACUGGGCUACGGACGGAGGGCACUGUGACGUUAUUGAAUGGAUGAUCCAGGACGGCUGUGAGGUUGACUCUAGAGAUUCUGGCGUGGAAUGGACUCCACUAUUGAGAUUAUGUGCAUUAUCAGGAAAAACAGACGUAGCCACAAUUUUAAUAAAUGCUGGAGCUGAUGUGAACGUAAAAGAUAAGGAUGGCAAGACAUCUCUGAUGGUGGCAGCUUUAAAUAAUCAUGAAGAUUUGGUUGCAUUAUUAUUAGAGAAGGGAGCAGAUCCUGAUAUUAAAAAUGAGUUUGGUAAGAAUGCUCUGGACAUGGCCAAAGGCUUGAACAGACAGAGUGUGGUUUCAAUAAUAGAAGAAAAGAAAAAUCAAUUAAGCAAUUCAGCUGUUGAUCUUGGAUCUACCCCUUCCCUGUUAUUUGAAGAAAGUGCAUCUUAAUCUUUGUUUUUCCCAGGAAGGUGAGACUAUGAAGAUUGACUUUUGCUUGUUUUCCUUUUUCCUGUAAGGUUUUUAAAAAUCAUUCUUGGACAGUUUGAUUAAAAUGUUUCCUUCUUGAGGAUUUUCUCUGGCAUUUUACAUUUAUCUGGAUUUUAAAAUGGUCUUUCUUUAAUGAUGUUUUUUAUAGUAAUACUAUGUUCUUUUAUCCUUUGGAGAUUGAUUUUAAAACUCAAAUGCUAGUUACAAUUAUCCCAACUCAAUGUAGAGUUUGUCACAUGAUAUGUCCCGCUUGAAUUUUUCACUAGCUGGAUAGGAACUAUAGAAUUUGGGCACUUUUAACUCUCUUAUCAACCAUGAUCCUAUUUAAUGUCAAUGAAAACAUUUUCUGCUCGGAAAGUAGAUGCUAAUGAAGAUAUAUGUCUAGGAUAUAGCAAAAAAAAUAAAUAAAUCACUCUGCUCCUAUCAUAUGCUUAUUCCUGCUGCCCCCCUCCCCCAGUUACCUGGAUCCUCUGUUUUUUUUCAAGAAUCAAGCAGCCAAUGGCAAACUGUAACAACCAGUUUAUCAAAGCAUCCAAUGCCAGAGAUUUGCAGUGCAAGGUUUUAGCGUAACAGGUUUUCUGCAAUAGAACACAUUGAGAAUAGCAAUUGACAGAGUAGGAAAUAGCUCAUGGUCAGGAUCUUGAACAUAAUCCUAACGACUGCUCAUAUAAUUCUGAGUAGUUAAGGCUAGUGCAGCUUUACAUCAUGCAGGAGUUUAGUAGUUGUAACUUGGCCUUAUAUAGAGAGGCACUUGAAGCACAAAUCACAGUCCCCAUAAUAAAGCAUGCAAUCCUAACAGACAUUUAAGACUGAGAGUAUACUAUUGACUAUACAAUAGUGGGAUUUAUUUCUUUGUGAACAUUCAUUGGGAUGCUCUUUUAGGGCAUUAGACUGUUCAGACCUCUCUGAAUAUAUUUCAUUGAACUUAAAUGGAAAUUCUGGUUAGAUGUUUGGAAUUGUAUUGUAAAAUACAAUUUGCAAUUGUAAAUUGUUAAUAAAAAAAUCAAUGUUUUUUAAUUGAAAAAAAUAAUUUGUUCUUACAUGGCCAAACUGAAUUUGUAUCUAUAUGUGUAGAGUGUUCUCCAAAUACUAUAUUCCUGUUUAAAGGUGACAGCCAAUGUAACCAGCUACAUUUCUAAUAUUUCUGUUAAAGCCUGACAUUCCGAAAGCCAUUAGAAAUCUACUGGGAUUUCCAUUUGGAUUCAAUAAUUAUUUUGAUCAAAUGAACUCGGUAGGAAUGGAUUCAUAGCCAUUUUUCUUCCUAUAUCCUAAAGCCAAUGGAAGAAAUACUAUCGGUUUUUUUCACAGACAUUUGAGUCUAAAACCUACUCAUAAAAUGUAGGCAUAUUUUCUACCUAUAUUUUGUUUUGCUUUAUGAAAUGCAAUGCAGUUUAAGUUACAGACUUAUGGGCUUAGAGAGAUCACUCUAUGACUAUAGAAUAAGACAAAUUUCAUUAUCUGGGGCAGGGAGAAGGAAGACCAAGCAUGGAGGAGAUUCAAACUUGAAACUGCCAUAUAUAUUGUAGCUCAUAAAAAUUUGUUUAAAACCUCAGUUGUCCAAUUUUGGAUCUGAUGUCAAAGAAAGAAAAUAGAGAUAGGUAAAUGGACCAACUAUCAGUAUACUAGGAGAGGCUGUGCCAUAUUCCAGACAGGGGAAAGGAGAAUUUUAUAACCUCUAGAGCUAGCUAAAAAAUUACCUGUUAGGAAAAAAAAAUUUUUUUCUGCUGAGAGGUUCCAGAAAACAUUUUGGACCUCUCGUAGAUUCUAAUGUAUAACUCUUUAUACUAAUCUUCAGGAUUGCUCUUUCUAAUUAGAAGAGCAUAAUUAAGUUUUUCAUAACAUUUUUGCAGUAAAACAUCCUCCCCUUGUUGUCUUUGUGCCUCUACAAAGGGAUAGAGAUAAAUACAGGAAGAUAUAAAAUGGAAAUGAAACAGUUGGAAAAAAUAAUUGGCCCAUUCUCAUUUGUCUCCCAAUUCAAUUUGUUGCCUCAAACUGCAUUUGCUAAAAGAAAUUAACAUUCCUAUUACAGCCAAACUUCAUUCAACUGAAUAUCUUGUACUUUAGCAUUCAGUAUUUAUUCUUAAAAGAUAAGCCAACAUUGGAAACAGUUUGAAAGCUCUUCUUCUUUUAUGCCAGAAUUUGAGCCAAAUUUCCAUGUUACGUCAUAAGCACACCAUUCAUUAAAUUCAGAUUAUGCCAUGGUAAUUGGAUAUGGGUUUACCUCAAUUGUUCUUUAACAUAAGCAACCUGAAAGAAUCCUUCCAAGUAUCUUGUCAUAGAAGGAUCAGUGAUGCAAGAUAGAUCAGAUUAUAGAACAUCAAGCACAUAAAUAGGAAAUAGUUUAAAACCCAAACUUUUUCUAAUCUUGUAAAGAUCUACUGUAGCU